GCAGACGGCAAGAAGGGGCGGGGUCUAUUUCCCGCGAGUGGAGGAUUAGACGGAGACCAUCAUGAUGACAGCAUCCAGCACUUAGACGCCCCCCACCGCCCUUACCUCCACCUUUAACAUCAUCAUCAUCCUCGAGGAUAUUUUCCGGGGGGAGAAACGGUCGCGACUGAACCCUCCGUGGGACUCCACGGUCUGCCUUCCAGCCACGAGGUGGCUGCACCAGACCGGGACCGAUGAUCACGAGGGUCCCCCUCCAACUCCUUUCAGCCAAUCCUGGAGGCCCCGCAGAGUGGAUGUCUCAGAGGUGGAGUGGAUGUUUGUGUUGUGGCGUCCUGAAGAGGCAAGCUUCAUCGCGAUAAAUGGAGGAGAAGGAGCGAUGUCGGAGCAGGUCUCCCGCGCGGAGGGCGAGCAGAGUGCAGCAGGUGGUGGGAACCAUAAUACGUCGCACCAGAGAAUCACUAAGCAGAGAGCGGUUGCUAGGAGAUGGGAGGUCGCAACGCUCCAACAGCCUGUCCAAUCAGAAUUACCAAGCCAAGCUGUCCCUGCAGAUUACCAGGGAUCCUGUUCUGGACCACAGUACUGGACACGGCUUCAUCCUCACCACAAACCCGCCCCUGCUGGUCAGGGAUGUGGCCGCAGGGAGUCCUGCAGAUGGCAUACUCUACCCUGGGGACCAGGUGUUGCAGAUUAAUGACACAGCGUUGGAGGAUCUGAACGCUGAUCAGAUAGAAAACAUUUUAAGGGACCUGGAGGAUUGUAUAACCGUGACCAUCCUCCGGCACAUGACUAAUCCCAAGUCAUCGAUCAUGUCAGCAGAGAAGAGAGCUCGUCUGAGGAGUAAUCCAGUGAAAGUGCGCUUUGCAGAAGAGGUAGUGGUCAAUGGGCACACUCAGGGAAACUCUCUUCUCUUCCUGCCCAACGUUCUAAAAGUUUAUUUAGAGAACGGACAGACCAAGGCCUUCAAGUUCGACCACACUACGACUGUUAAGGAUAUUGUUCUGACUCUGAAGGAUAAACUCUCCAUCCGGGCCAUCGAGUACUUUGCCCUGGUGCUGGAGCAACAGUACAGCAUCACCAAGCUUCUGCUGCUGCAUGAAGACGAGCUUAUUCAGAGGGUGGUGCAGAAAAAGGACUCCCAUGAUUAUAGAUGUCUGUUCCGAGUGUGUUUCAUUCCAAGAGAUCCUAUGGACCUGCAGCAGGAUGACUCCUUUGCCUUUGAAUACCUCUUUUUACAGAGUGUUGGCGACGUACUACAGGAGCGCUUUGCUGUUGAGAUGAAGUGCAACACAGCACUCCGUCUCGCUGCCCUGCACAUGCACGAGAGACUGGAUAGCUGCGGACUGACCAGGACCUCCAUUAAAGCCAUUACGAAAGAGUUUGGCCUGGACAGCUUCAUUUCUCCGACGCUGUUGAGUAAUAUGAGGGAGAAGGACCUGCGGAAGGCCAUCAGCUACCACCUCAAAAAGAUCCAGUCCUUGCUUGAGCCCCGGCAGAAGGUAAUAUCGGCUUCCCAGGCUCGGCUGGCGUACCUCACUCAGCUGGGGGAGCUCAUUUCAUAUGGGGGGAGAUCCUACUCGGCCACGAUGAUGCUUCAGGAGAGGGAGGUGUUGGUCAGCCUGUUAGUGGGAGCCAAGUACGGGAUGAGUCAGGUCAUCAACCACAAACUCAACGUCAUCUCCACCUUGGUGGAGUUCAGCAGCAUCAGCCGGGUGGAGUUGCUCUCCGAGUCGGACAAAGUCAGUCUCCUGCGCAUCUCGCUGCACGACAUGAAGCCGUUUGCCUUACUGAUGGACUCCCUGGCAGCCAAAGACCUAGCAUGUCUGCUGGGGGGCUACUGCAAACUCCUGGUGGACCCCGGCCUCAGUGUCUUCCGUAUGGGGCGCCCCAAAGUGAGGGUGCACCGCAUUCCAGCUGAAGAAGGUGUGUGUGGGAAGUUCGCCGUGGUAGAGGGCGUGUGCUAUGAAACCCUAUCAAGAUACGUGUCCCGCUGCUGUAGCGACUUGGAUGACUCAACCGACGAGGACGACCCGAUGGACUCGCAGAAUUACAAACACCCUGACCCAGCGAGUCAAGACUGGGAGGAGAGACGGCGAGAGGAGCAGGAAAAGAGGAGAGAAGAGGAUAGGAAAGAGAGGGAGGAGCACAAAGGCAAGCAGGAAGUGAAGAUAAUUGUGACGACGGACGGUAAGGACUACGAGGGAGAAGAGGACGGAGGUGCAACGGGAAGUGGUCCGCGUAAAUUGAGUGUGAUGGACGAGGAGAUGAACUUAAAGACCACCUGGUAUCACACCGAUCCACGGGUCACCAGCAGCUUUUCCAGCUUGUCCAGCAGCUCGUUGAGCGCUGCGCUCGAUGAGAAAAGCCCUCCUUAUCCCGAUGCAUCACAACCUUCAGAUGCUCACCAACCCUAUCUGCUGGAACCAAAACGCCACCAAGGCCCGUCAAGACCCACCAACCUCAACUACAGGGCCAAUGACAACGCUUGUCUCUGCUUUGCUGAUCUCUCUAAAGCCGCUUUCCUCUCAAGCCCGUCUGGGGCUACCAGUGACGAUGAUGAGGACGAAGAGGAUGAGGAGGAAGAGCAGGGAAGGGAGGUACUGAGACGCAUUUCUAAGAUCCCCAGUUCGAGAGAUCUCCGAAUGAUUGACAGCACGCCUUUUGACUCAACGCCUAUUAAGCGAAAGAAGAAAACCCCUCCCAAAGUCCCGGUGAGAACCAGUUCCAUUCCAGGCCACAAAGCACAGCAGGCAGAGCAGCGCCUCUCCAAGGAUGAGGAGUGUCUCUUCCAAACUCCGUCCCCCAACCUCAAAACUGAUUUCUCGGUCAAGGAGAAUGCAUCUGAGUCGGAUGAAGAGUUUUUUGAUGCACAGGAGAGAUUCACUCCUCCAGUUCCCGAUCUUUCAGACGUAGAGCUGGCCGACCGGCGGAACGCGAACCGGUUGAGCGGAACGUGGAAUUCCCUUCCAGCUGCCGCGGGAAAAGAGCCAUCCUCGCCCCUUUCCAAAAAGAUGCAACCUUGUAAAAUCAAGAAAGAGGAUGUAAAAGGUCCCACAAAUAUAGUUAGGAACCUCGUUGGCAGAGCAAAAGCCGCUGAGAGACAUGACGUUAAAUCCAAACCGCCAUUAGCACCUAAACCCCAGCUGCCUCCCAAGCCUCAGAUUAUACCAGCCAAGUCUCCAAAGCGUGGGAAAUCAUACGCCCACUGCAAUGGGGACACCUCUGGACGUAUGUCUUCCAACCUCUUGGAGAUGGAGCCAGACACUAUGGAGUUCAAGUCGGUCACAUACGGUACGGGUGGCUUACCUCUGAUCACAGCAGUGCGAUGUAGCAAGCAGCCAUUACCCAUCACUGCGCUACAAACCGAGGACAAGGGGAGACCGGCAAAUGAGAACGAAGGACAUGGGAUCCCUGCAAAAACGCCAGCAAAUAUCCCUCGCUCUAAUUCCGGUACGAAGUUGUCUACCCCUCCUCCAGUACCACCUAAACCUACUUCUCCAAAGAUUUUCCACCCUUUAUCAUUACCCGCCAGCUCUCCGGUCUCCCCAACGGAUCCGGACAAAGGGGUCUUUACAGACGGCGCAAGUCCACCAAAUGGGAUUCACCCUUGGAGCAGCCGCAAUGGCAGCGUCCAGUCGGGUCCCAGGAGGGUCUCGGUGAGCCACGAAAGCCUGUCACCCAAAAACACAGAAACAUCAAUUGCCACUUCGCUCACCUCAAGCAACUCCAAAGGCCAGGCGAGUAGAGAAGAGCACAGAUCUGGGUCUGGCUCAGAUCUGAGGUGCAGCUCUUCCAGCCUCGGAGGCCGGCUGCCGGCCUCUGCCCUGAGAGGGAAGAUCCAGGCUCUUCCUUGGUACAUGACUCGCUCCCAGGAGAUUUUAGGGACCCUGGACUAUCCCUCCACCAGCUCUAUAAACGGAGACACAUCCGGGUUCGGCUCUGGUUUGUCAGUAGCAAGCGGUAUGUCCGACAUUAACAAGACCCCUGUGAAAGACAAAGAAACAGUGGCCUCGAAAUCAGGCAAUAGAGGGAAUAUAUUAGAGGAUGGAGCUGAGGUCGUCAUAGCAACCAUUAAGGAGGCUGAGGAAUUGAGCUCAUACUUGAGAAAGGUCAGCGGGACCAACGGAUCACAUCCUAAUCUGAAUUUCACAGGGAACAGUUCGCACAGUGUUUCAUCCGAACAGCCUCAGUCGCGGUGCCACUCGGCAGUGGGAAUGGGGGGCAUUUCGAACAUGCAGCUCGGGGGAGACUCGCCGACCCCUUCCGUCGAGGAUGGCACGCCUCCGCAGCAUCAGCGGGAGGCCUGUGGCUGCCAUACCGUCUACGCCAACUGCUUCAGCGGCGACACGGAGGAUGGCAUCAGCUUCGACGAGGAGCUGACCGUCUACGAGUUCUCCCGUCGCACGCGCCCAAAGACGGCGAGACCCCCUCCCGUCCCUUCCCCCACCAUACCCCCUCCGAAUCCCAAUAUCUUGUCUCUGCUAAAGGACAACCCUCGCCCACUGUCCACCUUCUCCACUGCCUCCUCUGAGCUCAGUCCCUUAGUCUCCUGUCCCGUGUCUCCCACAACCUCGCUUGGGGGUCCUCUACGCUCCCUCACCAACAAGAACUACGGCGGCCUGAAAGGAGGUUUCGCCUCCCUGCGACAUGAUAUAGAUCAGCUUUUGUUGGUCUUAGAGCACACAAACAAGAUGGAGGCCGACCAGAACCACAACGGUUCUGAUGGCGACAGUACGGAAAGAUGUUGCAUGGGAUCCAGCCCCACCAGCAUGACGGAGGCUGAGAGAACUCUUCUCCAAGCGGAGGCUCGACGCCUGGCGUCCGGGUGUCAGCGGGCUACUCGUGUAGGCUGGGCUCCCGACGAAGCCCUGCGGUCUUUAUCCAACAGCUUCGGCGCGUUGGUUCAGCUCUCGGCAGCUUGCAUGCGAACCAGUCCGUGCCCCGGUUGCGACAGCUGCCGUAACUCCAGCACGGUCCUCACGAGGGACCACGGCGACGACAACCAGGAGCCCAUGGACAAGUUGAAAGAAAUCGUGGCUCUGUACCGCGAGUUCGUCGGGGCUGUGGAGACAGCCGGAACUGGGGGUAGGAGCGUGGGCCUGAACGGGUCUGGACAGAGCCAAGGGGAAGGUGACGGCGUGAGGCUGCUGGCCAAACGCUGCACUGUACUUAUUUCCUCGGUGUUUGCGCUCACACAACUCUUCCGGACGCCCACAUUAGUCGCCCCUGAUACUCCCAGCGGUGUACCGCUCAAUUUUUAAGCCCGUGACAGACUGUUAACCUCAGAGGUGCGAGGGGGAGUUAUGCGGAUGGUUUGUACAGUAAGUGCCAUGCACAGCACUUGGCACAUAUCUACAUAACCCCGCCCACAAAACCCCAAACGACAGAGAGGAAACUUUGCCCGGCCUCUUUGUAGAUGCAUACGUACUAUGCAUUUGUACAUAGGAGUUUUAUAACUCUUAUAUUUCCCUUAUUUUAUUACAAUAUGUAUGUAAGGAUGGAUUGCCCGUGUAUGUAUUUAUGUAUUUAUUUUUUACAACAAUUGCACCGUGGUCUAUGAUGUUCAGGUCUCUGGGGGUUAAAAAAAAAAUGGAAAAAAAUCUUUGGACGUCACUGGAAUUUUCAUUUUUCCUCGUAUUAUAUUAGCGUCUGCUGCUUUGAAGAGUCCUCCGCUACUCUACAAGGUGUAAUCUGUAAAUCAGGGGUGCCCGUUACGUCGAUCGCGAGCUACCGCUCGACGGUGGGAGGGUGUGUCAGGCAUUAAAAAAAAACAGACCUAAAAAUUUGCGAUCAUCAAUCGUCACUAAGACGUCACUUGAUUGAAAUUCAUGGCACCCGAGGGUGCCUCAAAAUCAUCCAUCUUCUUCCGCUUAUCUGAUGUCUGGUCGCGGGGGAAGCCCAGACUUCCCUCUCCCCGGCCUCUUGGUCCAGCUCUUCCCGGGGGAUCCCGAGGCGUUCCCAGGCCAGCCGGGAGACAUAGUCUUCCCAACAUGUCCUGGGUCUUCCCUGUGGCCUCCUACCGGUCGGAUGUGCCCUAAAAACCUCCCUAGGGAGGAGUUCUGGUGGCAUCCUGACCAGAUGACCGAACCACCUCAUCUGGCUCCUCUCCAUGUGAAGGAUCAGCGGCUUUAUUUUGUGCUUCUCACCCUAUCUCUAAGGGAGAGCCCCGCCACACGGCGGAGGAAACUCAUUUCGGCCGCUUGUACCCGUUAUCUUGUCCUUUCGGUCACAAUCCCAAAGCUCAUGACCAUAGGUGAGGAUGGGAAUGUAGAUCGACCGGUAAAUUGAGAGCUUUGCCUUCCGGCUCAGCUCCUUCUUCACCACAACGGAUCGAUACAGCGUCCGGAUUACUGAAGAUACCGCACCAAUCCGCCUGUCGACAUCACGAUCCAUUCUUCAAUUUUUAGGAAAAAAUGACCGACAGGAAGGCGAUAGACUGACUGCACAGUUCGUGUCUUGACAAUAAAAGCGCUACCUUAUCCUGCCUGCGCUAACAAAAUAAGAGUCUCAGAAAGCAGGCGUGCAGAAGCGAACAAACUACGAAUAAUGUAUUUCUUGUAAAGUGUUUAAAAAGGAGUAUCUAAGCAGGACAAAUAAGAUGGCAAAAAGCAACCACUUUCAUGUGGUAUUGGACAGAAAUUAGGACUUUUUUUCUCCUCCGUUUCAAAAUGUGGACGUUAUCAUCACUACUGUCUGAUUCCAAUCAAUGUGAGUCAUUGGAAUCAGGUAAUACACCAUCAUAUAUUCUUGUCUUCAUGAAAGAAAAGGGAUGUUAAACAUGCUUCCAUCCAUCCAUCCAUCUUUUUCCGCUUAUCCGAGGUCGGGUCGUGGGGGCAACAGCCUAAGCAGGGAAACCCAGACUUCCCUCUCCCCAGCCACUUCGUCUAGCUCUUCCCGGGGGAUCCCGAGGGGUUCCCAGGCCAGCCGGGAGACAUAGUCUUCCCAACAUGUCCUGGGUCUUCCCCGUGGCCUCCUACCGGUCGGAUGUGCCCUAAAAACCUCCGUAGGGAGGAGUUCUGGUGGCAUCCUGACCAGAUGACCGAACCACCUCAUCUGGUUCCUCUCGAUGUGGAGGAGCAGCGGCUUUAUUUUGUGCUUCUCACCCUAUCUCUAAGGGAGAGCCCCAAACUCAUUUUGGCCGCUUGUACCCGUGAUCUUGUCCUUUCGGUCACAAUCCCAAAGCUCAUGACCAUAGGUGAGGAUGGGAACGUAGAUCGACCGGUAAAUUGAGAGCUUUGCCUUCCGGCUCAGCUCCUUCUUCACCACAACGGAUCGAUACAGCGUCCGCAAGAUACCGCACCAAUCCGCCUUUCGACAUCGCGAUCCAUUCUUCAAUUUUUAGGAAAAAAUGACCGACAGGAAGGCGAAAAACACUUUUUUUUUAAAUUUCAACAGACUCGAGCGCCGUACAUGCCGUCAAAACUCUAAAGACUGACUGCACAGUUCGUGUCUUGACAAUAAAAGCGCUGCUUCAUCCUGCCUGCGCUAACAAAAUAAGAGUCUCAGAAAGCUGGCGUCCACAAGCGAACAAGCUACAUAUAAUGUAUUUCUUGUAAAGUGUUUGAAAAGGAGUAUCUAAGCAGGACAAAUAAGAUGCCAAAAAGCAACCACUUUCAUGUGGUAUUGGACAGAAAUUAGGACUUUUUUUCUCCUCCGUUUCAAAAUGUGGACGUUUUCAUCACUACUGUCUGAUUCCAAUCAAUGCGAGUCAUUGGAAUCAGGUAAUACACCAACUUAUAUUCUUGUCUUCAUGAAAGAAAAGGAAUGUUAAAUAUGCUUGUAUUAUCAUUAAAGUCACACACACACACACUGGGUGUGGCAAAAUUAUUCUCUGCAUUCGGCCCAUCACCCUUGAUCACCCCCUGGGAGGUGAGGAGAGCAGUGAGCAGCAGCGGUGGCCGCGCCCGUGAAUCAUUUUUGGUGAUUUAACCCCCAAUUCCAACCUUUGAUACUGAGUGCCAAGCAGGGAGGUAAUGGCUCCCAUUUUUAUAGUCUUUGGUAUGACUCAGGACUUUCUAACCCAGGGGUCACCAACGCGGUGCCCGCGGGCACCAGGUCGCCCGCAAGGACCAGAUGAGUCGCCCGCUGGCCUGUUCUAAAAAUAGCUCAUAUAGCAGCACUUACCAGUGAGCUGCAUCAAUUUUUUAAAUUUUAUUUAUUUACUAGCAAGCUGGUCUCGCUUUGCUCGACAUUUUUAAUUCUAAGAGAGACAAAACUCAAAUAGAAUUUGAAAAUCCAAGAAAAUAUUUUAAAGACUUGGUCUUCACUUGUUUAAAUAAAUUCAUUUAUUUUUUUUACUUUGCUUCUUAUAACUUUCAGAAAGACAAUUUUAGAGAAAAAAUACAACCUUAAAAAUGAUUUUAUGAUUUUUAAACAUUUACCUUUUAAAUUCCUUCCUCUUCUUUCCUGACAAUUUAAAUCAAUGUUCAAGUAAUUUUUUUCAUUUUUUUAUUGUAAAGAAUAAUAAAUCAAUUUUAAUUUGAUUCUUCAUUUUAGCUUCUGUUUUUUUCGACGAAGAAUAUUUGUGAAAUAUUUCUUCAAAUUUAUGAUUAAAAUUCCCAAAAAUUAUUGUGGCAAAUCUAGAAAAUCUUUAGAAUCAAAUUGAAAUCUUAUUUCAAAGUCUUUUUAAUUUCUUUAAAACUUUUUGUUCUGGAAAAUCUAGAAGAAAUAAUGAUUUGUUUUUGUUAGAAAUAUAGCUUGGUCCAAUUUGUUAUAUAUUCUAAAAAAAUGCAGAUUGGAUUUUAACCUAUUUAAAACAUGUCAUCAACAUUCUAAAAUCAAUCUUAAUCAGGAAAAAUUACUAAUGAUGUUCCCUAUAUUAUUUUUUUUUUUUUUCAAAAAGAUUUAAAUUAGCUAGUUUUUCCCUUCAUUUUUUUCGGUUGAAUUUAGAAUUUUAAAGAGUCGAAUUUGAAGAUAAACUAUGUUUCAAAAUUUAAUUUUCAUUUUUUUCGUGUUUUCUCCUCUUUUAAACCAUUAAAUUAAGUGUUUUUUUUUCAUCAUUUAUUCUCUACAAAAAAACCUUCCGUAAAUGGAAAAAAAAUGUACCGAUUUAUUUAUUAAAGGUAAAUUGAGCAAAUUGGCUAUUUCUGGCAAUUUAUUUAAAUGUGUAUCAAACUGGUAGCCCUUCGCAUUAAUCAGUACCCAAGAAGAAGCUCUUGGUUUCAAAAAGGUUGGUGACCCCUGCUUUAACCACUAGACUAAACACCUUUAAGUUGUUAACAAAAACUCCCUUUCAUAAAUAAAUAAAUAUGGGAUCCACUCUGCCGAUAAGUGCUUUAACAGAAAUUAUCGGUAUCGGUUUCCAAAAGUAAAAUUUAUGACUUAUUAAAAUGCCGCUGUGAACACGAACGUAGGGAAAAGUACAGAGCGCCAAAAAACCUUAAAGGCACUGCCUUUGCGUGCCGGCCCAACCACAUAAUAUCUACGGCUUUUCACACAGACAAGUGAAUGCAAAGCAUACUUGGUCAACAGCCAUACAGGUCACACUGAGGGUGGCCGUAGAAACAACUUUAACACCGUUACAAAUAUGUGUCACAGUGUGAACCCACACCAAACAAGAAUGAAAAACACAUUUCGGGAGAACAUCCGCACCGUAACACAACAUAAACACAACAGGACAAAUACCCAGAAUCCCCUUGCAGCACUGGCUCUUCCCCCCAAACCCUGCCCACCUCAACCUCCUCAUGCUCUCUCUGGGAGAGCAUGUCCCAAAUUCCAAUAAUGCACUUUGUGACUUUAAUAAUAAAUAUGGCAGUGCCAUGUUGGCAUUUUUUUUUUCCAUAACUUGAGUUGAUUUAUUUUGGAAAACCUUGUUACAUUGUUUAAUGCAUCCAGCGGGGCAUCACAACAAAAUUAGGCAUAAUAAUGUGUUAAUUCCAAAACUUUAUAUAUCGGUAUCGGUAAUUAAGAGUUGGAUGAUAUCGGCAAAAAAGCCAUUAUCGGACAUCACUAUAAAUAAACGAUACAUAUGAAUGAGGUAGAUCCUCUCGACUUGGUCAAGGGAAAAGUAGCUCGCUUGCAGAAAAAGUUUGGGCACCCCUGAUGUUAAUGGUCACCUUUUUUUUCCCCCAUAUUUUGCUUUUCAAAAAUGCACAAAAAGGAACCGGUUACAUUUUCCAUGUGCAGGUUGGCACCUAUUUCAAGGAUUUUUCUUUGUCAACACGACAGUCGCUUAUGACGGUACCGUUACAAAUCAGGGAGCGUACUUCCGACUGUUACAGAUUGCACCUUUUUUUUAUAAGACCUUGUGUUAUAAGUGUUGUUGUUUUUUCUACAAUUUCCCUGUCGCAUCUCUGAAACACAUCCACAAACAUUAUGCAGUAUUACGAUCUAGUUUGCAUCCAAAGGACAGUAUAUAUAUAUAUAUAUAUAUAUAUAUAUA